AUGAAAGGUUUAAUUUUAGUAGGCGGUUACGGUACAAGAUUAAGACCAUUAACACUAAGUGUUCCAAAACCACUAGUGGAAUUCGCUAACAGACCAAUGAUCUUACAUCAAAUUGAAGCUCUAGCCAAUGCUGGUGUCACAGAUAUUGUUCUUGCUGUCAAUUAUAGACCUGAAGUCAUGGUAGAAACAUUACAAAAAUAUGAAAAGGAAUACGGCGUUAACAUUACAUUCUCUGUAGAAGAAGAACCACUAGAUACUGCCGGUCCUUUGAAAUUAGCCGAAAAAAUCUUAAAAAAGGAUAAUUCUCCAUUCUUUGUCUUGAAUUCUGAUGUCAUUUGUGAUUACCCAUUCAAAGAAUUGGCUGAUUUCCAUAAGGCUCAUGGUGGUAAGGGUACUAUCGUUGCUACUAAAGUGGAUGAACCAUCUAAAUACGGUGUUAUUGUUCAUGAUAUCGCUACACCGAAUUUGAUUGAUAGAUUCGUGGAAAAACCAAAGGAAUUUGUCGGUAAUAGAAUUAAUGCAGGUUUAUAUAUUUUGAAUCCAGAAGUCAUUGACCUCAUUGAAAUGAAACCAACUUCUAUUGAAAAGGAGACUUUCCCAAUUUUGGUCAAUGAAAAAUCUUUAUAUUCUUUCGAUUUGGAAGGCUUCUGGAUGGAUGUUGGUCAACCAAAGGAUUUCUUAUCUGGUACAGUUCUAUAUUUGGAAUCUUUAGCUAAGAAAUCUCCAGAAAAAUUAUCUAAAGCUGAAUAUAUUUACGGUAAUGCUAUUGUGGAUCCUACAGCUAAAAUCUCUCCAAAGGCCAAGAUUGGUCCAAACGUUGUCAUUGGUGCUAAUGUAACCAUCGGUGAUGGUGUUAGAAUUGAAAGAAGUGUUGUCUUAGCCAACUCUACUAUAAAGGAACAUUCUUUAAUUAAAUCUACAAUCGUUGGAUGGCAUUCAACUGUUGGUAAAUGGUGUCGUCUAGAAGGUGUCACGGUCUUAGGUGACGAUGUUACUGUUAAGGAUGAAAUAUACAUUAACGGUGGUAAAGUCUUACCUCACAAGACCAUUUCUGCUAAUGUUCCAGAAGAAGCCAUUAUUAUGUAA